AUCCAGGUGGCAGGAGAGGAUCCCCACCGCUCCUCGGGGCAGGCAGCUGCCAGAAACCCUCUGCCUAUCUUUGCUGGGAGCCGCGGGCAGUAAAACCAGCCCUGUGCAGAGCAAGGACCUGCAGGGUUUCUACACGCCGGCAGUGAUGAAGGCUGUGAUGUCACUGGUGGGAAGCCAAGGCGUUGCCUUGGCCACCGAGAUCCUCCUCAUGGCUGUCGUCUUCUGCCUGGUUUUCCUGCUCAUCCAGUCCCUCCAGCAGCACGUGCCCCAGGGGCUGAAGAGCCCCCCAGGACCCAGAGGCUACCCCAUCCUCGGCAACGUGCUGGAGCUGAGGAAGGACACGCACCUGGCCCUGACCAGGCUGAGCCAGAAGUACGGGGACGUGAUGGAGGUCAGGAUCGGCACCCGGCCCGUCCUGGUGCUGAGCGGGUUGGACACCAUCAAGCAAGCCCUGGUGAAGCAAGGAGAAGACUUCAUGGGGCGCCCCGACCUCCACAGCUUCCGCCAUGUGACGGAUGGGCAGAGCCUGGCCUUCAGCCCCGACUCAGGGGAGGUGUGGAAAGCCCGCAGAAAGCUGGCCCAGAACGCCCUGAAGACCUUCUCCAUCGCCCCCAGCCCCACCUCCUCCUCCACCUGCCUCCUGGAGGAGCACGUCUCCAAGGAGGCUGACUACCUGGUCACCAAGUUCCUCCAGCUGAUGGAGGGGGAGAAGAGCUUUGACCCUUACCGGUACCUGGUGGUCUCUGUGGCCAACGUCAUCUGUGCCAUCUGCUUUGGCAAGCGUUACGACCACAACGACCAAGAGCUGCUCAAUAUAGUGAAUGUAAGUGAACAGUUUGGUGACGUGGCUGCUUCUGGCAACCCCGCUGACUUCAUCCCCGUGCUCCAGUAUCUCCCCAGCCGCGCCAUGAGUUUGUUUAAAGAUUUCAACAAGCGGUUCGUCCAUUUCCUACAGAAGAUUGUCAAAGAGCACUACAAGACCUAUGACGAGAACAACAUCCGAGACAUCACUGACUCCCUCAUUGAGCAGUGCCUGCAUAAAAAUGUGGAAGCAAAUACUGCCACGAAGGUCCCUAAGGAGAAGAUCGUCAACCUUGUGGUCGACCUCUUUGGAGCAGGCUUUGACACUGUGACAACUGCCUUAUCCUGGAGCCUCAUGUAUCUUGUGACGUACCCCAACAUCCAGAAGAAGAUCCAGGAAGAACUAGACCAGACCAUCGGCCGGGAGAGGAGACCGAGGCUGUCGGACCGGGGCACGCUGCCCUACACAGAAGCCUUUAUCCUGGAGAUGUUCAGGCACUCCUCCUUCAUGCCCUUCACCAUCCCGCACAGCACAACCAGGGACACAGUGCUGAAUGGCUACUACAUCCCAAAGGACCGCUGCGUGUUUGUCAAUCAGUGGGAAGUGAACCAUGACGAGAAACUUUGGAAGGAUCCCCUGACCUUCAACCCAGAGCGUUUCCUCAGUGCUGAAGGGACCGAAGUGAACAAAGUGGCUGGGGAGAAGGUGCUGAUUUUUGGCCUGGGGAAAAGGAAGUGCAUUGGGGAACCCAUCGCCAGGUGGCAGGUCUUCCUUUUCCUGUCCACCUUGCUCCAGCAGCUGGAGUUCAGCAUCUGCGAUGGCAAGACAGCAGACAUGACGCCGCUCUACGGACUGACCCUGAAGCACAAAAGAUGCGAGCACUUCCAGGUCAAGCAGCGCUUCCCCGCGAAGAGCAUAAACUGAGCAGUGGGCUUAUCCAUUGCCCAGACAUCACCAGGGGCAAAGACCUGGGUGUCCUGGUAGCAAAGCUGGGUCUGGUACAGCUUUACGGGAUGAUGUAAUAAACUGAAACC